AAUGCGCCAGAAAGGACAACCCAUGUUAGCAGCUAGCACACCAACUUUUUCAAAUCAAAAAACUGAAACGCAACAUGUUACUUAACAGACGACAUAGAGGGAAUAAAAAAAUGAGAAAAAAAGGAAAAACAUGAGAAGGUCUCCAUCCUGAAAUCUAGCAUAUAAGAAGAACCUUUGUUUUUGGGUCUGCUCUUACCAUCCAUCUUUGGAAAACUCGUGCGUGUAUCUUCAGCUUUUCAAAUUCUCUUUUCAGUUUGAAGAACCCGUUUCCUUGCCUUUUCUAGUUCUAAUCUCUAAAGGGUCCUCUAGAUUUGCUUCUCAAUUUCACAAAUUUUAUUGCUUUUGGACAAAAGUUGAUGCUUUUAGGCUUUAACGGGUGUUUUCUGAUUCAAAAGUUUGUUUCUUUGAGGAUUUUAUGGAGCUGCUAAAGUUCUAGCUUUAAUGGGUACAAGGGAAAUGGAAUUAAUGCUGUGUCUAUGUUGAAGGUUAAUUUCUUUGGAUUCUCCUGAUUCUCUUUAUGAAAGGAGUCUGAUAGAUGAUACAGAUAAGGUUAACCAAAGUGAGGAAAGAGUCCUGAAACUUCACGAGUUGAACGGAGUGGUAGACCAGUCCUCAAGUCCAUUAAAAAGAGAAGUAGUUAACAGGUUAUCUUAUUCUUUCUCAAUGAAGUCUCAUGAGAAUGAUGAAAUUGAUUUGGAAGAUGGCAAGUUGGAAAAGGAUAAAGAUAGACCAAUACGUACUAAAGGUGUAGUUAGAAUACAGAAUCAAGCCUUAUUAUCUGGCCUUGCAUAUUGCAUUUCCUCCUGCAGCAUGAUACUGGUCAACAAAUAUGUGCUUUCCAGCUAUGAUUUUAAUGCUGGGAUAUCUUUGAUGCUUUACCAGAAUUUCAUCUCGGUGAUUAUUGUGACAACGUUGAGUUUUCUGGGUGUAAUAUCAACAGAACCACUAACUUGGAGAUUGAUUAAGGUCUGGUUACCUGUGAAUUUUAUAUUUGUCGGGAUGCUUGUUACAAGCAUGUUUAGUUUGAAAUACAUCAAUGUUGCCAUGGUCACAAUCCUGAAGAAUGUUACUAAUGUCAUAACUGCGGUUGGUGAAAUGUAUUUAUUCCAGAAGGACCAUGACAGUAGAGUAUGGGCUGCUCUGUUCUUAAUGAUUAUAUCGGCCAUUUCUGGUGGGAUUACUGAUCUUUCUUUCCAUGCUGUUGGCUAUGCGUGGCAGAUCAUAAACUGUUUCCUAACAGCAUCUUAUUCGUUGACUCUACGCAGGGUCAUGGAUACAGCUAAGCAUGUCACGAAAUCUGGAAACUUGAAUGAGUUUUCAAUGGUUAUGCUAAACAAUACCCUUUCUUUGCCUCUGGGGCUUAUUCUUAUUUUUGUUUUCAAUGAAGUUGAUUAUCUGUCCAGAACACCACUUUUGAGGUUGCCUACCUUUUGGUUUGUUGCGACUCUUAGUGGAUUUUUGGGUCUGGCAAUCAGCUUCACUUCUAUGUGGUUUCUUCAUCAAACAGGGGCUACCACAUACAGUCUUGUGGGGUCGCUGAACAAGAUUCCCCUGUCUGUUGCUGGCAUCCUCUUGUUCCACGUGCCCACCAGUUUGCAAAACUCAGCAAGCAUUUUAUUUGGUCUUCUGGCAGGAGUAUUUUUUGCUAGAGCCAAAAUGCGCGAGAGAUCUCAGAGCUGACUCUCCCUCCUUGUAGUAACUGUUGUACACAUGAUUGAGACAUGCAAUUGAGUGAAUCACAUCUGAUCUCUUGCACACAUCAUAGACUGGGGAACUGGUCGAGUAGUUCCCUUGAUGAAGAAAACAUUGCAGCACAUCUUUUUUGUUGUAUUUCAGAAGCCUCCAUCUGUAGUUUUCCGGGCUUCCUCUGGCCCGGGUAUUUGCUUUUUUGUUAGAGAUUCUUUUAUCUGCUUGUAGUGUAUGUUCCAGGGUUUUUUUUUUUUUUUUUUUUAAAAAAAAAUAAGGUCCAUGUAAGUUGAUGAAAAAAUUUUGAAGAACUUGUCUGCUGCCUAA